AAAAAUAAUUGUAUAAAAAAUUUACAAAAAUCAAAAGAAAUUUUUUUAUUCGUUCCUUGCUUCCUACGAUCGUGUCUCGUCACCGUUUCCUCAAAUUAAAAAAACUCGUAAAACACAACUCCAUCGUCAAAAUCACCACCACCACCACCACCACCAUCUCCGCCGCCGCCGCCGACGCCGACGCCGACGCCACCUUUCUUCGCAUCAAUCAAACCAAACCGAAAACAACAAUGCGUCUUCCCGCCUCCAAAUCCCUCUGAAACUCCACGUUUAGUUUCCUCUCACACUGACACUAUGUGGAGGAGGAGAUUCCCAGAGGCGCAGAUCCGGAUCGUCGAUUCAUCGAUGUCUGAGUCACCCUCGUCAUCUUCGAUCCUGGCCGUUAAUGCGGAUCUGAGGUCGGACGACUGCGAUAGGUUCUUCUGGUACGACAGCUUCCUUGUCGUUUUGUCGGUUCUAUUCGUUCUGUACCUGUCCCUGCAAGCAAGGAAGAACCUCAAGAGGCUCGCUAAUGGAGGCUCAUAUGUUGUGAUUUCCUAUUAUGCCCUCCUUUGGUUCGUUACCCUCUUAAACCUCGCUUGGUCGUUUUUUCAGGCAUGGCAGUGCUCUCCUGGAAAGGAGGUUGCAUGGAAUUUCCUGUCGUUAUUUACAACAGCUGGUAUGCUGUGUUUAGAGAUAAGCUUGAUGGCUUUCUUACUCAAGGACAACUGCAUGAAUAGCAUGGAAACUCUAGCACGCACUUUCCUUGUAUCGGGAAUUGUUGUCCUUGUGGAUGCCCUGCUUAAGACAAUAUAUGUAUUUGGAUUUUCGGUCCCAUUGUUCAAUCGCAAUGUUGGAAGCACUCAUACAGUUAAGUGGAGUUUGUGGAUAAUACAUAAAUUAUUGCUUGCUAUGGCAUAUGGCUUCAUCUUAUUUGUACAUUUCUCCAAACGGAGGGAGAAGCUUCCUCCCAGGCCAGCUUUCCACAACUAUGUUGUUGUAAUGUUUGUCUUCAGUGCAAUUGCCCUGUUUUCUUGCGGGCUAGCAGGACUUGGCAUGAGUCUUGGCAACUGGUUGUAUGAUCUCACUGUGCUUUGUUACCACUCUCUAUAUCUUCCAUUUCUCUAUGCAACUUUUCUAGCAGAUUUUUUCCAGGAGGAAGACUUUCUUUUGGAUAACGCAUACUACUCUGAAAUGAAGGAUGCUGGGUUCUUUGAUGCUGACUUGGAAUAAUUCCUCAACAACUAAUAAAUGGGUUGAACAAGCAUCUUUUGUUCUUUGUAAUGUAAAUAUUUGGGGAUUCUAACUAUUUUUAUGGCAUGAAUUUCUUAACAAAGUGAAGUUGAACUAUGCUGAAUGCUCCCACGACACCUUCCUUAGUGGGGGAUCAAACCAUUGGUCCACAAUUUGCUCCGAUCUGCCUCAACCGAUUGCCUGUUUUUGGCAAUUUGGACAUAUUAACCUGUCCUGUCAAAAAUGGUAGGAUACGUAGGUCAAAAUUCAGACAACAAAAGACCAAAAAAGAAAAAGAAAAAGGUAGGUCAAAACGACGAAAGUGACAUUUAAAAAAAUUAUGAAAUUUAUGCAUUAGAAACAGGCCGGAAAAUUUUGAUAUGCAUUGAUUUUUGGAGCUAUGCCUAGAGAUGAGGUUGGAGGGUGAUGUAUUCUGGUGUGGUGGUCUGGUUCCAACUCAGCGAGAAGAUUUUUUAAGAAGUUUUAAUUCGAAAUUCAUAUAUC